AUGUCCACAUCAAUACCAGCGACGUCAAGUCGAACAGCACCAACGCCCAAAUCGACCGUCGCAAGCGCAUCCAAUCCGAAAAAGUAUCCCUUCUACCUGGGCGGAACCGCCGCGUCAAUAGCAGCGUUUUUCACACAUCCUCUGGAUCUCACCAAGACACGCAUGCAGACCGCGUCAUCUCGCCAGGGAAUGUUUUCGCUGAUGCUCAAGACGUUUCGCGAACAAGGGCCACGAGGGCUGUACGUCGGUCUUACGGCGUCGCUUCUACGACAGAUGACGUACAGCGUUACGCGGUUUGGCGUGUAUGACAAGUUGAAAGAGCGUACACUCAAGCAGAACGAGGGUCGAGCGUUGGGGCCUGUGCAGAUGGCGCUGUGUGCGUCUGCGGCAGGAGCAGCCGGAGGACUGGCAGGUAACCCAGCCGAUAUCUUGCUUGUAAGAAUGACGAGUGAUGUCAACAAAAAGCCUGCGGACAGGUACGGCUAUCCGAAUGCGAUCAGUGGACUGGUGCGUAUGACGCGCGACGAAGGCUUGCGCUCACUCUUCCGUGGUCUGGGACCCAACACGGUGCGAGCGGUGCUGAUGAACGCUUCGCAACUGGCCACGUACGACGUGUUCAAGAACGUGCUGCUCGGCACCGGCUUCUUUUCCGAAGGCACUCCGCUCCACUUCUCGGCAAGCUUCAUGGCCGGCACAGUAGCCACCACGGUAUGCAGCCCAGCCGACGUGAUCAAGAGCCGCGUCAUGAACGCAGCCGGAUCGGGAGACGGCGUCUUGAAAACGUUGAGGAAGGAUCUGGCUAAGGAAGGUCUCGGUUUUCUCUUCCGAGGUUGGACACCCGCGUGGAUGAGGCUGAGUCCUAACACGAUUAUCGUCUUUGUCGUGCUCGAGAAGCUCAGGUUGCUCGUGGAUUAUACAAGAGAGGCUAAGCAGAGCGCGGUCGAGCCAGUGCAAACCACCGCAUAG